AUGGUGACAAUCUGUACCUACAAUGCACGUGCACUUGAAUCCGAGUCCUCGGUAGAAGACUUGCUCAUGCAAACAAAAACGAUAAGGUACGACGUCAUCGCCCUGGUCGAGACGAGAAGACGCCAGCCUUUCAACGCCGUCUAUGACACCGGAGAAGUACUGUUCGUCGGAACAUGCGACAGUAGAGGAGCCGGAGGCGUCGGCGUUCUCGUUAACACGAGUUUGUCUAUGAACAUCGAUUCAUUCGAACAACUUACAACCCGAAUCGGACGUUUACGAUUAAGAAGACGUGGAUCAAUUCCGGCUUUGACAAUCUUCGUCGUUUACGCGCCAACAUCAAACUGUGGCGAAGAAGUCGAAGCGUUCUAUAUCAACUUGGAGAAGUUCUACAGGGAAGACCACACAUUCUUCUAG